AUGAUGCAUCUCUUCCGGUUCCUCGGCGUCGCAUCCUUCACUGUUGUCGGGGUGCAGGCUGCCGUGUCUUCCACUGGCUUCACGGUAUCCUUGACGGACAUCGACUACUUCCUGCCACCAAAGCCUAUUGCCAAGAUCGCCGGAUGCCAAGAGAUCCAAGCCGCAUUCGAAGAUGCUUUGUUUGUGCCGUUCACAGUAGUGAAGUCUCAGGACGAUGGCAUAGAUGUCGCAUCACUUACAGCCAGCUACGCCGAAGAUGAUGUAUGGCAAGAGGGCUUUAUGGAAGGUGUGUUUCUAAUUCUACCUGCCCAAGAACUUAACUCAUAUUAUCAUGUAGCGAUAUACGUUCAGGGUAGCGAUCCUAAGCUUGCGAACACUUCUUUAACCAUCCUAUCUGGCACUGCUUCCAAGGACCUAGCUCCAGGACCCUACUUCAUCAACGCAGCUGGUCAUGUCCACGAGGCGUGGAGACUGUUCUCCGAUGUUCAAGGCGCUUUCACCGAAUCUGCGAUUGCUAACGGCGAUGGCUCGUACUCGGUUUUGCCCGCAGGCACUGUAGGCCAAAAGCAUGCGAUUGCCGUUCCUUCGCGUCUAUACUUCACUAAGACGGCUGAGAAGCCAUUAGCUGGUGUACGCAUCGGCAUCAAAGAUAUCUACGAUAUCAAGGGACUGCGCACAUCGAACGGAAACCGCGCUUGGUACUGGUUAUACCCUCCCGCUAACGCAACUGCGCCACCGGUUCAAAACUUAAUCGAUGCGGGAGCCAUCGUCAUUGGCAAGAUGAUUACGUCUCAGUUUGCAAACGGUGAGACUGCGACGGCCGACUGGGUUGACUACCACGAGGCAUUCAACCCUCGUGGCGACGGCUACCAAGACACAUCCUCCAGUUCUUCUGGUGGUGGCGCUGGUACAGCAUCGUACUCUUGGCUCGAUGUCAGCCUCGGUUCCGACACCGGCGGCAGUGUGCGGGGCCCAUCACAAGUCCAAGGUCUUUAUGGUAACCGACCAUCUCACGGACUCGUAUCCCUAGACCACACGAUGCCACUCAGUCCCGUGCUCGAUACCCCCGGCUUGCUAGCUCGCAAUCCGCAAGUUUGGAUGGAGGCAGCUCAAGCCAUGUACGGGCCCAACAUCACCAUUAUGAGCACCUAUCCAAAGAGUAUCCAGACUCUUGCCUGGCCCACUGAAGUCGAAGAUGUCGCUGAUCAGCUUCUGGUCGACUUUUUGGGAAACGUGACCGAGUUCCUCAGCGCGAAUGCUACAGCCUACAACAUUACGGCCUCGUUCGACGCUGCGAACGCGGAUAUUGCACCCUUAACGACCUUCAUGAACCUCACGUACGCACUACUAAUCACCAAACAGCAGACUGAGCUGGUCCGCGAGCCCUUCUACGCCGACUACGCCAAACUCCACGACGGCCGCCUUCCAUUCGUUAACCCCGUCCCACUAGCUCGCUGGGGCUGGGGCGACAACCAAACCAUCACCGUCAACGAGGCCAUUGCCAACAAGACCAUCUUCCAGACCUGGGCCAACGAGACCUUCCUCGCUCCUUCGCCCGAAACAUGCUCUGAGUCUUUGGUCAUGUAUGUUGGUUCCACCGGCCGCACCACGUACCGUAACACGUAUUGGGAUGAGCCUGGUGUGCCUUUCGGUUUCAGCAAUAGUCGCAUUUCAGUCAUGGCGGAAGUGCCGGAUUUUGUGGUGCCGCUGGGUGAGGCGCCGUAUAAUUCGACAAUUACGGGGCAUGUGGAGUAUCUACCUGUUACAGCGAAUUUGAUGGUGGCGAAGGGGUGUGAUGGGAUGUUAUUCUCACUGAUCGGGGAUUUGUAUGAGGCAGGCACUUUGAAGGAGAGCAAGGUUGGGAGGAGUGGUGUUACUGGGGGAGAGAUAUUGUUGAGGAGGAAUUGGCUGUGA